CUCGAGGCCCCGCCAGAUUUCGGAUGUCCUGGUGUAGUUUCAUCCUGCCCUGGUCUACAGUGGGUACACCAAGGAAUAGAUUGACCUGCCAGAGGGUGCCCCACGAGAGCUUCUUCUCUCCCGGUUGGGCCACAGAGCCCUGGAGCAGCUCACGAGACUCGGGGACGGCGCAGGAUGUGCCCUUAGAGAUUGCAGCAAGAUGCGUUCACGGCAGGAUCCUGCCCUUGUCUGGCUCAUCAUCCAGAUCUCGCAGCUCCCGUGAAGGGUUCGGUGCUGCAGCGUCUGCAGAGGUUCGGGGGCUACAGCAGGCUCAGGCAAGAGGCGCUGAGGGCGAUGGCGAGGGACGCGGUUUCAAGUGAUAGGCGCCUGGAGUCCUUGAGUGACGUAUGUCGAAGACAGAAAACUGCACAUACAUAACCUUUCGGAGGUGCGCACGGAUUUCGUUUGGUCGGUGCUGGGCCCCCCUGGCGGCGCCUCCGGCGCUGCCCAGCGCCGAUCCAAGAAGUCCGCGUGGACCUCCGGCAGUUUAUGAUUAUGCCGCCUUCUUUUUUUUCUGGUAUUGAAGGAGUUUGAUGUAGAUAAUCUUGGGGCCGUAUCCAUCCAAGCAGUACAAGCCGGGAUGCGUCGAGUGGGCUACGAUGUGACGCUGUCUGAGAUUGACCGAUUGGUUGCAUCUAUGGAUCAAGUCUGUGUGAUGCGUGAGCUUGAGUCGUCCGGCGAGGAGUGCUUGGUCUACAUAGACGCCUUCAUCGCGGCAUUGAUUGACCUGAGAGAGCUACAGGGCCGCGAGAGGUGGACGGACAUGGUGCGAGCAGCGUUCCAGAAGUUGAGUCGUGGCAGAGCUGGGAAGCUGAAGCUGGGUGCGCUUAUCGAGGAGCUCUGCGGCACGGAUGACGAGGUAUGCACUGCGCAAAUGGAGGACGAGGUGGGUGCGGCAGGGGUGCCGUGCGAGACAGGAUUUGAUGAGUGCGAAAUCGAUUUUGAGGAGUUCCAGGACAUCAUAGACAGCGACCAUGCGUCGUUCCAACUCCACUUGUAUGAUCCCAUGUUAGAAAAAUGUAUCACCCUCGUUAUAGCUCUGCGCGCAGCUCGCAGAUCGCCUGCUAGUGGCGCCCUCCGCCACCACACAUAAGCACACACGCGCACAAGUAGGUGACCUAUACGACCACCCUUCGGGUGAUGAGGAG